CACUCAAAGCUUUACUCUUCCCUCAGCGUUUCCACACUGGUCGGGUGCAACGUCCUGCCCCCCUCCCCGAGGCUCUGAGUGACUCCUCCCGCCUGGCUCGCUGCUGUGGAGAGACACGCUUCUGCCUCUGCCGUUCCUGCCCAGGGCAUUGGGUAGGGCUUGGCGCCCGGCCAAGGAGAGCACUUUUAAAGAAGAGCCCUCGCCAUCAUCUCCUUCACACACCACACAGGACUUUCCCAGUCAGGAGAGCAGCCGCAGCAGCGCGGGAGCCCCCAUGGAGAAAAAUAAGAAGGAAAGAAAAUAUGGGCCAAGUUGCUUUGGUUAUCCACUCAGCAUCUUCUUCAUUGUCAUCAAUGAGUUCUGUGAAAGAUUCUCCUACUAUGGAAUGCGAGCUGUGCUUGUUCUGUACUUCAAAUUUUUUCUCCACUGGGAUGAUAACCUAUCUACAGCCAUCUACCACACAUUUGUUGCUCUGUGUUAUUUGACUCCAAUCCUUGGAGCAAUCAUUGCUGACUCCUGGCUGGGAAAGUUCAAGACCAUCAUCUCCCUGUCCAUUGUUUAUACCAUUGGACAGGCGAUCAUGGCAGUAAGUUCCAUAAAUGACUUGACAGACUAUAACAGGGAUGGAAUUCCCGAUAACAUUCCAUUGCACAUUGGUCUGUCUAUGAUUGGCCUGAUCUUAAUUGCUUUUGGUACUGGUGGAAUCAAGCCCUGUGUAUCAGCAUUUGGUGGAGAUCAGUUUGAAGAGGAACAGGAAAAACAAAGAAAUAGAUUCUUCUCUCUAUUUUAUUUGUCUGUUAAUGCCGGAAGUCUCCUCUCUACUAUAAUCACUCCAAUUCUCAGAGGCGAAGAAUGUGGAAUUCACACCAAGCAACAGUGUUACCCACUGGCCUUUGGAGUGCCUGCUGCACUCAUGGCCGUUUCACUGAUGGUGUUCAUACUUGGAAGCAAAAUGUACAAGAAAGCUCAUCCUCAAGGCAAUAUAAUGCUCCAGGUUUCCAAAUGCAUUGGAUUUGCUGUUAAAAACAGAUUUCAGCAUCGCAGAAAACAGUUUCCCAAAAGAGAACACUGGCUGGACUGGGCUAGUGAAAAGUAUGAUAAACGACUUAUUACACAAACUAAGAUGGUCUUGAGGGUACUUUUCCUGUAUAUUCCUCUCCCCAUGUUCUGGGCACUUUUUGAUCAGCAGGGAUCAAGAUGGACAUUACAAGCCACAACAAUGGAUGGAAACUUUGGAGCUAUUCAGAUCCAGCCAGACCAGAUGCAGACCGUGAACCCGAUUCUGAUUGUUGUUAUGGUCCCAAUUGUAGACGCUGUGGUUUAUCCUUUAAUUAAAAAAUGCCACUUCAAUUUCACGCCCCUGAGGAAGAUUACAGUUGGUAUGUUUCUUGCAUCUCUGGCUUUUGUUGCUGCUGCACUGGUACAAGUGCAAAUCGAUAAAACUCUUCCAAACUUCCCGAAAGAAGGGCAAUCCCAAAUCAAAGUAAUAAAUUUAGGCACUGAUGUUGCAAAAGUUGACAUUGGCCCUGGAGUUGAAAAUAUGUCUGUGGAAUCUCUGAUGGCGACAAACUAUCUGACAUUUGACACUACUAGCUUAACAGGAAUGAAUAUAGCCUACGGAAAUCAAACCUUAAAUCAGUCUCUUAAUUUUCUGGGAAAAGAACGUCAUACUCUUAUACUAAAAAAUACAGGUGGCAUCCAAACUGAAUUGGUAAGCUUGUUUAAUUCCUAGUUAGUAUAC